CUCCUGCCCUCCUCUCAGCCAUCCGCCGUUGCCAAGGUUUCCGUGUACGCGCUGCCAGCGAGAGCGGAGCCGCGCGACUGUCAUACAGUAUUGCCAGACAUGGCGGCGGAUCUACAACCCGAGUGGGUUUCUUGUCUCCCUUCUUCCUGGAGUUAUGGGGUUACUCGGGAUGGACGCGUCUUCUUCAUUAACGAGGAAGCGAAGAGUACAACCUGGCUGCAUCCAGUAAGUGGCGAGGCGGUAAUAACCGGGCACAGAAAAACUCCAGACCUUCCCACUGGAUGGGAAGAAGGAUAUACUUUCGAGGGUGCACGUUGCUUUAUCAAUCACAAUGAGCGGAAGGUGACCUGCAAGCAUCCUGUCUCAAGCUUACCCUCACAAGACAACUGCAUCUUUGUCGUCAACGAACAGUCUGCCUCCAAAGUGCCAGCGAAUGAGAAGAAGGAACGGCCACUAAGCACCAUGAGUGAGGCAUCCAACUACACAGGCGUCUCGGACUAUGCCGUUAACCCCAGUAGCCCAGCAGGAAGACCCUCAAGACCUUCUAAAAAAAUUCAUAACUUUGGAAAGAGAUCCAACUCCAUCAGGAGGAAUCCCAGUGCCCCAGUAAUCAAGAGAAACUGGCUUUAUAAACAGGACAGUACAGGGAUGAAGCUGUGGAAAAAGAGGUGGUUUGUGCUGUCUGACCUGUGCCUCUUUUACUACAGAGAUGAAAAAGAGGAGGGCAUACUUGGCAGCAUCCUCCUACCAAGCUUUCAUAUAUCCAUGCUGUCUGUGGAAGAUCACAUUAACAGAAAAUAUGCCUUCAAGGCGACACAUCCCAACAUGCGGACAUACUAUUUUUGCACUGAUACAGCCAAAGAGAUGGAGUCUUGGAUGAAAGUAAUGACUGAUGCUGCACUUGUGCAUGCAGAGCCAGUCAAAAGGUUGGACAGGCUAAAAGUGGAGCAGUGUGGACCACAAGAGAUCAAUCAUGUGGCCAACCACAGGGCGGCACUCACACAGCCUGAAAUCAAGAAUAAUGAACGCAACCGUGAGGUGGACCGUGAGCGCACCGCAGCAGUCACUGUCACCACAGCAGAAGAAGAGAGGAAGCAGCGAGAUGCAGAGCGCUACGGCUUCCACAAGGAUGGGGCGGAGCGCGAGCGUCCACUCACCAAGAUCAACAGUAUCAAACUGCAGCCAGCCGAGGCAGCAGCCGUCAAGGCUAACAUCACCUCACCGCAGACUCCGACAGAAAUAGACAGGCCACACCACAGCCCCCAGGUCAACGGAUCUGGCGAGCAGUGUCCACCUAAUGGGACUGGAGCCCCUCCUCAGCAAAGUCCUAGUCAUGAGCCAGACCGCACCUUGAGUAGGACCACCUCUAUGCAGCAACUGGAGCAGUGGGUCCGCACACAAAGGGGACGCAACCAGGACGAUGACACCAGGAGCAUCACGUCAUACCAGACACUGCCUAGAAACAUGCCAAGCCAUCGGGUACCCUAUAUGCCUCCCUAUGGCGAUGGCUACUGCAGUAUGCCCAGGAAUAGCAUGGCACAGCGGGACAGCAUCUGCAGCAUGUCGCCAUCAUUGUACGACCAGGCCCUGGGUCCCCUACCGGCGGACAAGCGCCGCUCCAUGCGCGAUGACACCAUGUGGCAGUUAUUUGAGUGGCAGCAAAGGCAGGCCUACAGCAGGCCACCGGGGCUCUACAGCAAUAUGGCUAGUCCCAAAACCAUGAUCAACCUAUCAGAACAUGCAGCACCAAGCCACUCCAUCCCCCCCUCGCCCUCCCACGGCUCCCUGUCCAUGUAUGGUGGCUACUCUCCAAUGCGAUCCUACAACUUAAAUAAUGCUCGUUCAGAGGUAUCCUCUCCCAUCUACAGACGAGACCUGAGCAUUGACAGACGGCACAGGCCACAACUCAACAAGUAUGCCUACCCACCUGAUAGGAGGUCUAUGCCCGCAGGGAUCCCAGUUCAGACAAUCACUGCCCAGUCUCUUCAAGGCAAAACACCUGAGGAACUGACUCUGCUGCUGAUAAAGCUGCGGCGGCAGCAGGCAGAGCUAAACAGUAUCCGGGAGCACACUGUAGCACAGCUUAUGCAACUAAACAUGGAUGGCGACAACCCAAAGUUGAGUCCAGAAGACUACAGGGAACAUACCUAUACAUGUAUGCCAGAAGAGGUGGACAUUGAUACCAAACUUAGCAGGUUGUGUGAGCAGGACAAAGUGGUGAGGACACAGGAGGACAAACUUCAGCAGCUGUACAGAGAGAAGCACACUCUGGAGACAGCACUGCUGUCAGCCAGCCAGGAGAUAGAGAUGGGCUCUGAUAACCCUGCUGCCAUGCAGAGUGUCAUCCAGCAGAGUGACUUACUGCAGAGCGGCCUGCUCAGCACCUGUAGAGAGCUUUCCAGAGUCACAGCCGAGUUGGAGCGGUCGUGGAGGGAGUAUGACAGGUUGGAAGGAGAUGUGACUCUGGCUAAGAACAACUUGCUAGAGCAGCUUGAAGCACUGGGAAGCCCUCAGACGGAGCCUCCCAGCCAGCAGCACGUCCGCAUCCAGAAAGAACUUUGGAGGAUUCAAGAUGUGAUGGAGGCCCUCAAUAAACAUAAAGCUCAGAGAAAUGUUGUUGAUGGUAUGAACUUCUAUGGACCCAAGACCAACUUCAGCAAGCACAAAAAUGAGGAGGAGGACUCGGCACCCCCACGGCCACCUCUACCCCAGUCCUAUGAGCCCAACCCCCCCACCGUGCCCCCUAUGCCCUCUCAUGCUGGUGUGCGCCCUUUCACUCCAAGGCCGGAGGACAGGAAGGCCAGUCACAGGAAUGCCACACACAGCGGCCCAGACUACAGACUGUAUAAGAGUGAACCAGAGCUCACUACAGUGACUGAAGUAGAUGAGAGCAAUGGAGAGGACAGAUCUGAACACCCGUCUGAUAGAGAACAUACUGGAAACAAAGGGAUGUCCUACCCAGUUGGCAUUGUCCCUCCCAGGACCAAAUCUCCAGUGCCUGAGUCGUCCUCCAUAGCUUCAUAUGUUACCUUAAGGAAGAGCAAGAAGCCUGACCCCAGGAUGGAGCGUCCACGCAGCGCAAUGGAGCAGCAGCUGUGUGCUGUGGAGAGCAGCCGGCCCAGGAUGAGUGUGGAGGAGCAGCUGGAGAGGAUCCGCCGCCACCAGCAGGGUGCCCUCAAGGAGAAAAAGAAAGGCCACAGCAUCCGGGGUGGCAGCCAGGAGAACACUCCUUCUCGCAGUCACUCAUUUACUAAAGACAACCAUUUUCGCAGCAUGCAGUCCCAAAUGAGGCGCAGAGAUGAUGUGAUAAGCUGUGACAUUCAGGAGCUGGAGGCCUCGCUCAGGCAGCAGGAGGUGGUGAGGGACCAAGAGACGCCUGCUGAGGAGAUUGCCCGUCUCAAAGAAGCCUCGCAGGCUGACCACUUAAAUGUGGACCGAGAGCUUUCUGUGCCUGACAAAGUUCUGAUUCCUGAGCGUUAUGUGGAGACAGACCCAGAGGAACCUCUGAGCCCUGAGCAAGAGGCUGAGAAGCAGAGGAAAGUUGAUCGCAUUAAAACCCUCAUUGCUAAAAACAGCAUGCAGAAUGUGCUGCCUGGUAUGACUCUAAGCCCAGAGGAGGAGGUUGAAGAGGAGGUUACCGUACAGGAGAAAGAGAAGAUGAUUAAUAUCUCCUACGAACUGGCAGCAGAGGCCUCCAAACGCAGCAAGCUGGUUGCAGCACAGGCUCUGGCCUCAGUGAAAACCUAUACAUGAAGAAAACAGCUGUGGAGAUAUGAAGAUGCCCCUGAGGACAUCAGCACAAGGCCACGGCCUACAGAGAGUGAAACUGCCUACUCCGUACUAUGGGGUCUUCUCUCUGACAUCUGUAUGCCCACUGUGACGUCUUAAGCUCCUUUUACACCAACACUUUCUGUGUGACAUUUCUCUGUUAUUGCCACAUUAUCCUAAAACUGGCGAGACAGUUCAAUUUUCCGUUUUUACAAAGCUUUUAUGGUUAUUUAUAUGGUUUUAUUAGGUUCUUGUUUGAACAUGGGCGUCCAUUCAUGUUUCACAAGUCCAAAAAGGUUUUUAAGGUUUUCAGAAUUUCGGGUUGGCUUAAGUCUUUCAUAAUUCACCCAUUUUGUUUUAGCUAACCAUUCAUAUUUAUCAAUUUAUUGUAAAGAACAUUUGUCGAUGCAAACGGGAUGUAAAUCCCUCCAUUAUAAUAUAAAAAUGAAGGGGCCACUUCAUUGCUGCAAAGAUCAUUUGUAAUUGCUCCUGUUUCUGGUUUGUAAUUAUUUAAAAAUGGGAUCUUCUGCAGUCCCUGUCGCAUUGUUGCCGACAUAUGUGAAUGUUUUCGCUUAAGUUCCUCUAUAUACUGUCUUUUUUUUUUUUAUUGCUGAGAGAUAUAUUUAAACUGAGAGAAGGAAUAAAAAUCUGAGUUUGGUUCUAUUUUAUGACAUGUUGGUUUGAGGUCUUGGAACAAAAAAAAAAAAAAAAGAUUAGCACAUGUAAAAAGCAAUAAGAAUAAAAUGUUUGUGGAUCCAGGAUUAUUUUUUGUGCGUGUACAAAGUGUAAUUAUCAGAGGUUUACUGUGUAUAUAAUGUACAUGGUACAGCAGGAUGGGAGGAUGUAUCCAACAUGUGGUUACAUACUAAGUUGGAUUUGCAAAUAUUCAUAUUCCAUCUGUUUUAUAUCAUGUUAAAUAAAUGUUGCUGUUCUUAA